AUGUAUAAUAAUGUGGAUUUAAUAGUAGUGUGCGUGUAAGUCUCAAUUCCCGUAGCAUCAAUACUUCAAGAGCUUUAGCUUACAGUGAAGUAUCUACAACUUUUAUAUAUAUACAUAGAUAUAUUAUCUUGGUAAUGGCGUAUGCAUUUUUAUUAAUGGAAUUUUCAAGAUAUUUGAGAAUAAUUACUAACUAUUGAUAGUGAAUUAAUAGAUCGUCCUCGUUCAGAAUUAACUGAACUUGAACUUCAAAAAUUGGAGGAGUUUGAGUUUACACAUGGACCUAUGUCUUUAUUACAGAAUGCUGUGAAUAAUGGAAACCCCGUUGUUAUUUCAUGUCGUAACAAUCAUAAACUUAUUGCAAAGGUAAAGGCUUUUGAUAGACACUGUAAUUUGAUAUUAGAGAAUGUUAAAGAAUUGUGGACAGAAUCCGUUAAGAAUAAUAAGGGCAAAAAGAUAAAAUCCACGUCUAAAGAAAGAUUUGUGUCGAAGAUGUUCUUGAGAGGUGAUUCGGUUGUUAUUGUCUUGAAGGCCCAGGCUUCAUAA